CUUUAGAGAAAUUAAAUUUGAUUAUUUAACGAUUACAAUCAAUUAUAUUGUUUCAAUUGGGAUUCUUAAUUGAGUUAAGCCUAUUAGCACGACCCCUGGUGGUAGUCUGUUUCACGAUGUUAGUAAAAGGCCAGCGUUUUUCUCCUAUCGAACUUCCAUGUACUAAUUAGAUUAAAACUAGGCGCCUCCUAAAUACAUUAUCUUAGGGUGGAUCCAGCAGGUUGGAUGCCCGGGCCCUAAGUAUUAUUUAUCAAGCCAGGGAUUAUCACCUUCUGGAAGCAGCAAGAAGUUAAAAGGAGAAAGAACAUAACUCUGAACACCAAAUAACUUCUUAUUCGUACUGGUGAUACUAGCGUAAGGUCCUGCUCCCUGAGUUAACUUUCCCUCAGUGAGUCACUUCUCUAAAUACAAAGGAAGGACGAUAGGUGUUCCUUCCUUUUGGAUCCUUCUAGUAUUUUUAGUGUGUAGGGAUAGACUGAAAAACUUUUAAGAACCCCUUCCUUUAUUUUGAUAAUUCAGACAUUUGUAGCUUUUGUAAAGGAACUUAGUGAAUACUCUUACAGAUCCAUGUUGGAACAGCAUGAGCUCAGUCUUUGUGGCACCAGUGAGACAGAGCAAGACGACGACAAUGUAUGUGUUAUUUGGGUAACGAAGGCAAGUAUGGACAGAAGCGUUAGAAGAAUCCGGGAGACCAGGAUGUAAACGCUCAGUUCUAAUCAACGCAGGUGUGGAUUCCGGGUCUGAGACACCAAUAACUACGCAAGACGCACGGCGAAAACUGACACCACCCAGUAAAACACCGCUCUACGCGGCUUUGGAAUUCGGACCCAGGUGGGUCCGCAGGCGCCGGAUGAUGACGUAACCGAGAACCUGGAGGUGAUUGGUUUCCGAAGAGGGGCGUCGGCCGCCAACGCGACUUGGAGUCCUGGACUAAAGUCCUCGCGAGAACGGAAGCCUCAGGCGAGGAAUGGCCGCGGAACCGGGCGGAGCUGGCCUGCGGCUCCUGGGGCAGGCUCGCCGGCUCCAGACAUGGCCCGGGGUCCCGGCCUUCUAGACCGGCCUCGCCCCGAAACGGUCGCCAUGCCCAAGAGAGGAAAGAGACUCAAAUUCCGGGCCCACGACGCCUGCUCCGGUCGAGUGACCGUGGCGGAUUAUGCCAACUCGGAUCCGGCAGUCGUGAGGUCUGGACGAGUCAAGAAAGCCGUCGCCAACGCUGUUCAGCAGGAAGUAAAAUCUCUUUGUGGCUUGGAAGCUUCCCAGGUUCCUGCAGAGGAAGCUCUUUCUGGGGCUGGUGAGUCCUGUGAUAUCAUUGACAGCAGUGAUGAGAUUGAUGCUCAGGAGGAAAGCAUCCAUGAGAGAAUCGUCUCCAGAAAAAAGAAGAGUAAAAGGCAUAAAGAAGACCUGGAUGGGGCUGGAGGAGAAGAGUAUCCCAUGGAUAUUUGGCUGUUGCUGGCCUCUUAUAUCCGUCCUGAGGACAUUGUGAAUUUUUCCCUGAUUUGUAAGAAUGCCUGGACUGUCACUUGCACUGCUGCCUUUUGGACCAGGUUGUACCGAAGGCACUACACGCUGGAUGCUUCUCUGCCUUUGCGCCUGCGACCUGAGUCAAUGGAGAAGCUGCGCUGUCUCCGGGCAUGUGUGAUCCGAUCUUUGUACCAUAUGUAUGAGCCAUUUGCUGCUCGAAUCUCCAAGAAUCCAGCCAUUCCAGAAAGCACUCCCAGCACAUUAAAGAAUUCCAAAUGCUUACUUUUCUGGUGCAGAAAGAUUGUUGGGAACAGACAGGAACCAAUGUGGGAAUUCAACUUCAAGUUUAAAAAACAGUCCCCUAGGUUAAAGAGCAAGUGUAUGGGAGGAUUGCAGCCUCCCAUUCAGUAUGAAGAUGUUCAUACAAACCCAGAUCAGGACUGCUGCCUAUUGCAGGUCACCACCCUCAAUUUCAUCUUUAUUCCAAUUGUCAUGGGAAUGAUAUUUACUCUGUUUACUAUCAAUGUGAGCACAGACAUGAGGCAUCAUCGAGUGAGACUAGUAUUCCAAGAUUCUCCCGUCCAUGGUGGUCAGAAACUGCGCAGUGAACAGGGUGUACAAGUCAUCUUGGACCCAGUGCACAGUGUUCGACUCUUUGACUGGUGGCAUCCUCAGUAUCCAUUCUCCCUGAGAGCAUAGUUACUGCUUCCCAUCCCUUGGGUGCAGCCCUGAGUCUAGUCCAUUAGUAAUCAGAUACCGGUUUGAAAGGGGCAGCUGGAUUAUAUAUCUGAUUAGUAAUGCACAUGCUCUUCAGGUUCCUGGGGCUCCUGUUAGGGGAGGGAGAAAUGUUGAAUCAAGAGGAAAAACAACUAUGAUUUGUAAACAUAUUUUAAUGUAAAAAUUUGCAUUUGAAAGAAGUGGCUCUGUUUUCUGUGUUAAAACCCCAUUUGGUGCUAUUGAGUUUGUUUUUCUUUAUUCUUUUAUCCCAGAGAAAAUGAUUGAUCUUGCUCUAGGGAAAAAUUAAACUUUAAAAUCUCCAAACAAGGAUGUUUCAGCAUUCCCUUAUGGAUCAGAGGAACUUUAGAAGCCUGAAAUUGUUGCUACUAUUGCUUCCACUCAAAUUCAAGUGAAUAUUUUAUCUUCUCUCUUCACUUUACUCCAGAAAUAAAGCAGGUGACAGGGUUUUCAGAGUCUUA